AUGGUGCUGACCCUGUUCGAGCCGCUGUGGCUGAGCAUCUACUGGAAGUUUUGGUCCUUUCUCCUCGACGUCUACCUCAAUUUCUAUUUUUGCCCUGUUGGGCUUUUUCCAUUACCUGGCGGAUACACAUCACUUACCUGCAUUAUGGACUCGACGCCAGAAUGGGCCAGAUGGCCGACUACUGUGGCUGCCUUGGUAAUCGUCGAAAACUGCUCAAUGUCGUUGGUCAUCUCCUUCCUCUACCGCUGGUGGGCCAUCGAGCCGACGUUAUGGUUCUCCAGAAGCCCGAGGAAUAUGCUGGCGGUAGGUUACAGUCGUGCGGGGAGC